ACCAGGGAUGAUCCGAAAUGGACUGCUUGGACAAUGGUUAAUCCUACUCGCACGUUGCGGGCGUAAGAGACACUCCUAACUAUUUUGCGCUGGCGCCAACGGGCCGUGCCAACGUAGUUCAUAGUUUCGCCAGAACACACGAAUCUUAAGAACACUACACCCAGGAUGGAGAUAAGCCCUGGCUGUGGGACAAGAGUGCGGAGGUGGAUGUGUUAUAUCGAGACAAACAACGAGAGAUUCGGAGCAGCAGCUGUCGUACAGUGACGGUAUUGGCCAAACAUCAACCAGACGUUAUGUUGACCGGGCAAUGCAAGGCUGCAGAUACGCUGUACAUAUGGGGUGUCUUCCCAGUAGCGUGGUCCCCAUGGAACGUUAUGAAAGGGUCACUGGCGGAGACUGGUGCCCUUGUAGUUGCCAAAGUCCUUGCUGGCCAAGACUAUGGGCUGCGACUAGUACUGUCCCUGAGUUGGAUGGAUUCGUGCAAGGGAUCCCAAGUCUUCGCCAGUUGGCUGAGAAAGGUCAACACCAUGUCUGAGCGUCAUCCGGAUGACGAGUCACGGCUAUCAGACGAUACCAGAGAUGAGCAAGUAGCAGGCCCAACGUCUCGACUAGUCUACCCCAGAUUUACCAUGCGUCUGGCACCAUCUCCGAACGCUCAGAUACGGAGCGAAUCGGCCAUGUCCCAGAAUCCAUCCGUCUCUUCCCGAGUGCUCAUCUGCAGGUACCGCCGCAGUCGCCACCCCACCAAGGUCGAGCGGCUCUGCACGUCAUCACUCAUAUGUACUGGGUCAGGAGGGAAAGGGCCGCCCCAAGUAGCUGGUGGCUUACGAGCACGUUGCGCGUCUGUGCUGGAGCGCGACUGCUACUUGGAGAGCACCGCAUCAGAGCUCUGGCGCAUGGCACACCAGAGCUACCCAGCGAGCAAGCGUACCGCAUGUCGUCCUACGUCAGACCGCACAUCUACUUGACCGAAGCGCUCGAGCGGUGCUGGUCCCUGGAAGCGCUCGCUGCACGUUUCGGAGAGAUAAGG